GACCUCUUCCGGAAGGUGCUUUCAGGAAAACAGAGCGAGGGAAUGGGGCGGAAAGAAAAUAAGGAAGGGACGAGUGAGGUGAAAGAAGAGCCUAUCAAAGUUUUAAUUAUCGCAGACACAUUUGAUAUCCGUUUUCUUCCCGUCACUUCUGCUUCCUCCAUUAGUUGUUUAAAAGUAGCGAAUAUCGAAAUUUUACAUUACGUGCUGGAAUGGAUCAGUCGAACUGAACUUCGAAAUGUGGUGAUUGCUCUGUCAACGCACUCUGAAAAAGCUGUUCAGCAUAUUAUAGAGUAAAACAUUUCUAUUACUGGAGAGUGAUGUUCGAUUCCCUUAUUGUUGUAUCGUGUCAAAACUGUAUGAGUAUUGGUGAUGCUCUUCGUGAAGUUCAUAGUCGAUCUGUUAUAAAGUCGGAUUUUUUUUUACUCACAACUCCAAUGACUGUUGCCGCAACGGAUCUUAAUACUCAACUCAGUUGUUUCAAGGAGUUAAGAAAGGAUAAGAAUAAUGUCAUGUUAAUCAUUUACGGUGAAUGGAAAAAUGAAUGCCCGGUUAUUGCUUAUGAAAAGAAAAGCGGAAGACUUAUAUUCUACCAUCAAAAAGAUGAUACUUCAAUACUUGAUGUAGACAAGGAUGUGUUUGCAGCUGAUUCCGUUGUUUGCAAUAAUCUUCGAGACACUGGUAUGGCAUUUUGUUCACUUAAUGUGUUGUCACAAUUCAGUGACAACUUCGAUUUUCAAUAUAAAGAAGAUAUAAUUAGAGAAAUUUUGAUUAACGAAGAGAUUCUCGGUCAAAGAAUUUGUAUUACUGUUCUCCCAAAACAAAUUCCGGCAUUUUGUGCUCAUGAUUAUGCGGAUCUCUUACUUAUGAAUAAGCUCAUUUUGCAACGUUUUUUCUUCCCUCUUGUGCCUGAUAAUAUUUCAUUUUCAACUUAUAUAUGUCGGCGAAAUAAUAUUUAUACACCGUCAGACAGUUUGCAGCAUAAUUACCAGACCAAAAGGAAUUUGCCAUUAAUUUUUGAUGGAGCAAAUGUUUUAUUGGGGAAAAACUGUUCGAUCGGUUCGAAUGUAGUGUUAAAAAAUGUUUCAGUUGGUUCUGGAACAUCUAUCGGCAAUGGUUGUGAAAUUGUGGACUGCAUAAUUGGUAAAGAUGUUAUAAUGGGUACAAGCACCUGCUUAUCGGAAUGCUAUAUUGCAGACGAUGUUAUAAUUGGCAGCAAUGUUAUACUUUCCCCGAGAUGUAUCUUAUCUUCCAAGGUGAAAAUACCAGAUGACAGAAAGUUACCAUCAGGAAGCAUUAUUAGUGCAGAAUGUUAUAAUGACAACGAUGAACAGUUUGAAUGUAUUCCAUCGGAAUAUGGAUUUGAAUGGAGAAUGGAAAAUGGAAGUAGUUUUUGGCACGCUACUUGUCCAAAUGUCCGGCGACAUAACACAUCAGUAACAUCCAGAGAAAUGGAUGAUUUAAAAGAGAAUGAACAAGCUAUCGUUGAGAAAGAAAUAGACAGUGUUGAUCGAUUCUACGAAGAAGUUAAAGAAAGUAUGGACAGAAUAGCGGAACAAGAAGAAUGUGAUGACCAGCUGAUGAAAAAUUUAAUUUUAGAAAUCAACAGUUCAAAACUAGCCUACAACAUAACAAUGGAAGACGUAGCGCGCAACGUUUUCUUAUCUUUCCUGUCAUUGUCAGAUACUUUUUCAGAGCUGCAAAAGCUUACGAAAAAUUGGCAUUUAUUGUUCACCAAUUAUUACAAACCAAUAAAAAACCAAAUUCAGGCUCUUGUUGCAGUUGAGGAACAUCUAACAUCUCAUCCUAAUUUCAAAGCAUUGUCUGCGAAAGUGAUACACUUUUUCUAUGAAGAAGAUAUUUUUGAAGAAGAUGCAAUUCUGGAGUGGUAUGAUACUGUACAUAAGAGUGCUCCCAUUAAAACUUUAGUUCGUCCAAUCAUCGACUGGUUGCAACAAGCAUCUGAAGAAUCUGACGACUAACUGUUUAAUUUGAGUAGUCAUGAGGGGAGGAAAUUCUUUUUUGGGAAGAAAUUGGACCACUAAGUGGCUUGAUAGAAAUCUGUGUUAUUUUUUUUUUGAUGGAACUUGAUUUAUUUAUUCAAAUAUUUUCAAUAAAGUAGGAAUUUCCCACUACUUUAUUUUCUCGGAUUUCGUGUGCCAGUGAUAUCAUUAAGGUUGUUGAUUCCAGUGUGAGAAAAAGAAAGAAAGCUAAAAAGUCUUUCUAUGGAUCAUCAGUGUUGUCAUAUCACUCAAGUAUUAUUUCCAUCCUUAUCCUUCAUUUUCUAUCCUUGUGUUUUAUAAUGCUAUGAUU